CCUCCCCGCCCCUGGCAGGAGUUUUGCAGAAGGAACUCUUCGCGGAUGGCUCCGCUGCGGCUUCUCUCCACGAACGCCAGCCACGCUCCGCUUGCAGCCGCUUCAGGUCCAGCCCCUUGUGCGCAAGUGUAAACCUUUAAGAUGUCUCUCAGCAAUAGAAAGCAAGUGAGCACUUCAGCACUUAAGAAAAUCGCUGCCGACAUGAGUAACUUAAUCGAAAGUCUGGACUCAAGGGAGCUUCAUUUUGAAGGGGAAGAAUUGGAUAGUGAUGUGGUACAUGAUCCAAAAGCUCCUGUGGGCAUUCCAUUCUCAGCCAUUUAUAACACUAAAGGAUUUAAAGAGCCAGACGUGCAGCUCUACCUAACUGGGUGUCCAAUCCGAGUACGGGUUCUAGAAGUGGAGCGUUUUACAUCAACAUCCAAGGUGCCAAGCCCCCGUGUUUACACCAUUGAACUGACCCAUGGGGAGUUUAUAUGGCAAGUGAAAAGGAAAUACAAGCAUUUUCAGGAGCUGCAUAGAGAACUCCUUCGAUACAAAGCUUUUAUCCGAAUUCCCAUCCCAACACGAAGACACACUGUGCAGAGACAGACUAUCAAAAGGGGAGAAGCAAGACAAAUGCCGAGUCUUCCACGCACCUCUGAAAACAUGGUCAGAGAAGAUCAUCUCUCCAGUAGAAGAAAACAACUGGAAGAUUAUCUCACAAAUCUCUUAAACAUGUCCCUGUACAAGAAUUACCAUGGAACAAUGGAAUUCCUUGGUGUAAGUCAGCUGUCAUUCAUCCAUGAUCUAGGACCUAAAGGCAUAGAGGGUAUGAUUAUGAAAAGAUCUGGAGGACACAGGAUUCCAGGCUUGAAUUGUUGUGGGCAAGGAAGGCUAUGCUACCGAUGGUCAAAAAGGUGGUUAGUGGUAAAAGACUCUUUCUUAUUGUACAUGAAACCAGACAGUGGAGCUAUUUCUUUUGUCCUCCUGGUUGAUAAAGAAUUCAGCAUAAAGAUUGGCAAUAAGGACACAGAAACUAAAUAUGGGUUACGAAUUGAUAAUCUUUCCAGGUCACUGAUUUUGAAGUGCAACAGCUACAGACAUGCUCUUUGGUGGGGCCAAGGAAUAGAAGAAUUCAUUCAGAAAAAUGGCAAGAACUUCCUCAGACAUCACAGAUUUGGUUCCUAUGCAGCCAUCCAGGAGAACACAUUAGCCAAGUGGUAUGUAAAUGCCAAGGGGUACUUUGAAGAUGUAGCAAAUGCCAUGGAAGCUGCCAAGGAGAUUUUCAUCACAGAUUGGUGGCUGAGCCCCGAAAUAUUUAUGAAGCGGCCUGUGGUGGAAGGAAAUCGCUGGAGAUUAGACUGCAUUUUGAGACGAAAAGCUCAACAGGGAGUAAGAAUCUUUGUGAUGCUCUACAAAGAGGUAGAGCUUGCUCUGGGUAUCAACAGUGAAUAUACCAAGAGGACUCUAAUGCGCCUUCAUCCUAAUAUUAAGGUAAUGAGGCACCCUGAUCAUGUGUCAUCUACUGUUUAUUUAUGGGCCCACCAUGAAAAGCUGGUGAUCAUUGACCAAUCCGUAGCUUUUGUUGGUGGCAUAGACUUGGCGUAUGGCAGAUGGGAUGACAAUGAGCACCGACUGACGGAUGUGGGCAGUGUGAAACGUAUGACAGCAGCCAAAUCUGAGUCUUCAGUGAAUCUUUCUUCUUUAGCUGAAACUGUUCAACCUCAGAUGGAGCCUCCAGUAAUUACACCUCUUCAAGGAUGCAGUGAUGAUGCCCCAGAAGUUUCAAGAAUGAAAGGAGUAGGGAGACCCAAGAAAUUUGCCAGAUUCAGCAUCUACAGACAGCUCCAUCGACAUACUAUGCAUCAUGCAGACAGCGUGAGCAGCGUAGACAGUGAUUCUUGUAAAGGCUCAGUUCGCAGUUUGAAGACAGGGGUUGGAGAGCUUCUUGGUGAAACUAGAUUCUGGCAUGGAAAAGAUUAUUGCAACUUUGUGUUUAAAGAUUGGGUCCAACUGGAUAAACCCUUUGCUGAUUUUAUUGAUCGCUACACCAUGCCAAGGAUGCCAUGGCAUGACAUUGCCUCUGUAGUCCAUGGCAAAGCUGCACGGAAUGUAGCUCGGCACUUCAUUCAACGUUGGAACUUCACAAAGAUCAUGAAAUCCAAAUACAGGUCCCUUUCAUAUCCUUUCUUGUUGCCAAAAUCUCAGCGAACAGCUGAUGAGUUGAAGUAUCAAGUCCCCGAGGCUGUGUACGCCAAAGUGCAGGUGCUUCGCUCUGCUGCCGACUGGUCUGCUGGUAUUAAGUACCAUGAAGAAUCGAUCCAUUCUGCUUACGUGAGCGUGAUAGAAAACAGCAAGCACUACAUCUAUAUAGAGAACCAGUUUUUUAUUAGCUGCGCCGACGACAAACUUGUGUCGAACCGAAUUGGUGAUGCCAUUGCACACAGAAUUCUCAAAGCUUACAGGGAAAACAAACGGUACCGAGUCUACGUGGUGAUUCCCCUGCUGCCUGGUUUUGAAGGUGAUAUUUCAACGGGAGGAAGCAAUGCUCUUCAGGCCAUUAUGCAUUUUAACUACAGGACCAUGUGCAGAGGAGAAAAUUCAAUCUUGGGACAGCUGAAAGCUGAAAUUGGAAAUCAGUGGAUUAAUUACAUUUCAUUCUGUGGACUACGAAAUUAUGCUGAGCUGGAAGGGAAACUCAUUACUGAACUGAUCUAUGUCCACAGCAAGCUGCUGGUUGCUGAUGACAACACAGUCAUUAUUGGCUCCGCAAACAUCAAUGACAGAAGCAUGUUGGGGAAAAGAGACAGUGAAAUGGCUGUCAUUGUGGAGGAUACCGACAUGGUUGCUUCAGUGAUGGAUGGGGAAGACUACAAAGCAGGAAGAUUUGCCCAGUCUCUUCGCCUUCAAUGUUUUAGGGUUGUUCUUGGCAGUUCAAUAGAGCUGAAUGAUAUCCAGGACCCCGUAAGUGACAAAUUCUUUAAAGAAGUGUGGGUUACAACAGCAGCACGCAAUGCCACUAUUUUUGAGAAGGUUUUCCGAUGUCUACCUAGCGAUGAAGUCAAUAACUUAACUCACCUGCGGGAUUUCAUCAAUAAACCAAAGCUUGCUUGUGAGAAUCCCACUAAAGCAGCUGAAGAACUGAAGAAGAUCCGUGGAUUUCUAGUUCAGUUUCCCUUUCGUUUCCUGGAUGAAGAGUAUUUGCUUCCCUCUGUUGGAACAAAAGAAUCCAUAGUGCCCAUGGAGACAUGGACUUAAGGAGAAAUCAGCUUGAAUUUUUGUUUUUAAGUAAACAAAACACAGAUCUGGUUUGGCUUCUAGUUUCAGAAGAACCUUUUGCCAUAAGAAGGAAAAGAUGCACCAGUCCAAAAGUGCCUUUUGAUGGUAGGGUUUUAGAGAAAAUAACAGCCCAGCAGAGACAGUGUUUGAAAUAGCAGAUAAUUGAUAAGUUAUGUCUUCAAUGAUAGCAAGGUCAUCCAAGCAACCUGGAAAGAGGGAAGAGGGGAAUGAAAGAUACUUUCUCUAAACAUCUACAGUCAUACUUUAAGACACUUUUCAUAUCCCAUGCAUGCUUACCCUACAUGUAUGGUUAUCUCAAACAGAACCUACAAAGUCUUUGUUAUAAGUAACAGGGAUAAGAUAUCCGCUUAUACUAGCCAUCUUUUAUUCUGUGCAAAAAUGGAUAAUUGAUUUUCCAGAAGGAUAACUAAGGUUGCUCCAUGUACAAAUUAUCUUUCCAGACAAAGUGAACUGCAUCUACAUUUCCACUUUAGAAGAAAUCCACGUGUAACAGUGACAAUGCCUUGACUCCUUUGUAGGCUCUUAGUGUUGUCUAUGUCUUUGGAACUUGUUAGACAGAGUAUUUCUUUAUAAUUCCUUUUUAAAUUCUGCGAAUAGUACAGCACCUACUGAGAAACACUGCACGAUGCCACUUUGGGCUUAACUGUGAUCUUUCUUUCUGGAGUAAGUUAUAGAAGUUUUGCAUAGAAUUUUUUUUGUGUGUGUGCUGUAUUUAGCAGGAGAAAUAAUUUGUCCUGCCUGUGUCUUGUUGGAACAAUAAGUGAUGAAGGUGUACUGGUAAGUCACCAGAUUUGUUUUGUGUCCUUGAUGGCUGAAAAAAAGUGUAUUUAUGUAAUGAUUUAGCAAAAAUCUUUUUAUUCUCUUCAAGAGUGACCAAUUAGUUCUUCCCUUCCUGCUAAGAAACACAUGGCCAAAGAAUUCCUUGUAUGCCUGCCAUUCAAUGUUCCAACAUUUGAGGGGCUGCCACAAUUAUGCCACAAUUAUUUUCCAAAGCACCAGAAGGCAAGACAAGAAACAAUGGAUGGAAACUAAUCAAGGAGAGAAGCAACCUAGAACUAAGGAGAAAUUUCCUAACAGUGAGAACUAUUAACUAGUGGAACAGCUUGCCUUCAGAAGUUGUGGGUGCUCCAUCACUGGAAACUUUAAAAAAAAAGACUGGACAGCUAUUUGUCUGAAAUGGUUUAGGUUUUUCUGCAUAAGCAGGGGUUUGGGCAGAAGACCCUUCCAACUCUGUUAUUCUGUUAUUCUAUUUUUACUUUCAAACAAUCCAUGGUAGAGGCUACGGAACAUUUUUAAGCACUGCAACAAUGGGUCAAGGCUUAUUCUGUUUUUUUUCACAGAUGCAAGGGUCUUACAUUACAAUUUAGGUGCGUUCCUGUCCCCAGACAGCAGGAAUCCAUGCCACUAAUUAGGCAAUUGUGAUUGGAAAGACUUUGAAAACUGCAAAAAAAGAGGGAUAGGAAUCAUAUUCCCUUCAUCUCCAACCAGCAUGGCCAAUCAAAAUAAACAAAACUGAGCUAGAUGACCAAACAGAUAUAAAUUGUUGUCCUGUUUCCUAAUUCCUGUUUCUAAAUGCCGUAGAAAGUACAUGAGAACAUAUGCUGUAUUAAAAGGCUAGCAGUGUUUAAGUAAAGAGAGCUCCUCUCUGAGGGAGAUGAGUGGCUUAAAAAUAGGAAAUAUAAAUAAAUAAAAAGUAAAUAAAUUAGGCCUACUUAUCAGAAUUUGAAAUAGGCAGGAAAGCUGUAGUAAAAUUUCAUCCAUUUUUUCCAGAUCCUAUCUUGCAAAAAGUUGUCUGAAGCCUUACACUGUGACAUAAUACCAAGACCAUACAGUUGUAUAUCUUGACUAAUAUGGGGCCAUACAUUAACUUCUGGCGUUAUCUUCCUAUGGUUACAGAUAGUCCUCAGUUAACAACUGCUUGAAGUGACUAUGCUGAAUGAGUGAUGCUUACAACUGGUCCUUGAAAGGUCACCUGACUGCCAUCUGGGCAAUUGGCAACCAUCUUGCGCUUUGCAACGGUUGCAGCAUCCCACAAUCAUAUGAUUACCAUUUGCAAUCUUCCCUGCCAGCAACCUCAAUGGGGAAACUGGCAGGGAAGAUUUAGUUCUCCCAGGUAGAUAGUUCACACUCUCCCCCCAUUUAAUAGCAGCCACCCUUGGCCUUGCUGCGCUCAUGCUGUGCCUCAUGAGCGAUCUGCACAUCCUCACUUGCCCAGAAGCAGCUACCCCUGCGGAGUUCAUACCAUGUCUUGUUGGCCACCCAUACAACCUUCUCACCCAACAGCAGCCACUUAGCUGCCUACUACUUGCAAACAACCUGGGACCAUUUGCUUGGACAAUAAUCCUGGACUCAGUUUAAUCAGAUUUUGAUCUAUGUAAUAUCUCAAAUAUUACAGCAUUUCAUCUUCUAGCAUGGGUGAUAUUUUAGAUCUUAUUGAACUACAAAGGCUAGCAGCACGGCCAAGAUGCUGGGAGUUAUAGUUUGUCAACCUUUGGAAGGUCUUUGGAGUUUGUAUAUUUGCCCCAAAUGUGAUUGGUUUUAACGUAACAUGCUUAACUUAUUUAACUUAUUUUUUAGUUUCAUAGCAGAUGAAAUCAUAGAUUAAAAGAGGCUGGAUUUUUCGCUAUGUGUUGAGCAACAAAGAAUAUUUAACUGAGAUUAAAGCUGCCCAAGAUUAGCAUGCUAUGUGAAUGGAACCAGUCUUUAAUUGGUUAGAUAUGUCUUGUAAAAAGCCCAUAUUUCUGGUCUACACUGUGUUUGUUUCAUCUUCUAGCAUGGGUGACAUUUCAGAGCUGAACUACAAUUCCUACCAACAUGGUCAAGGUGCUUGGAGUUCUAGUUUGUCAAUCUCUGGAGCAUUUCCCUCCUUUAUACUGUCCUCCUUGGCUUUUAAAAGAUUGUGAUAAGGGUUUUAUAGUCUUUCCCAUAAAACAUAAUUGGCCUUUCCAUGCACCUGUUGGCCACAAUGCAGAAGCAAUUUAAUAAGGUGUAGAACAGUGCCUAGCAAAUGAGAACCAAUAUUUGUCAUGUUGUUAGUUGUUAGCAUGCUUGGUGCUUCAUGCUGCUAAUUAGUAAUAAGGGUGGAGAUCACAAUAAUUUAAAAUGAGAGAUUAUGUUGUGCUUUCGAUACUUCUUGCAGCAUAAACUUUAAAGAAAAAAGCUGUCUAAAUACUUAUAACUCUAAAGUCCUUUGUACAUUGUUCGUUAAAUUUAUACACCUUUUCUCAUGUACCUCAAGAUAGCAUACAUAGCACUUCUAUAGUUUUUUUUCUUGACAGUAACCAUCUCAAGAGGGGCUAGCUCAAAGUCAUUCAAUGACCUAAGGUGGAUUUAAAUCUGAAUCUCUCUGGUCCAUAUCCAGUCCUUUAAGUGCUAUGCCAUAUGAUUACCCAGAAAAAGUUUGUUUCUAUUAUUUCGCAGUAAACAUUGGGGAUCACCUAUCCUGCCCCCUUACUAGAAAAUCUGGAAGAAGCACCUUUAACUGAUGUGCAACAUUUCAGUUAGAAUUUCACUUUAACAUUUUUCUUGCAUAAAAUGUUAUAAAUCUGGCAUAGGAAUCUGACCUAUUGCAAAUAUUGGGUUCCAACUAUCAGCAGCCCCUUGCAACAUCGAUAAGGUUGAUAGAAACUAGUUAGCAACAUCUAUUUAACAUCUGGCUACAAGUUCUCCAGCUGCAGAAAUGGCAGGCCCAAUGUGUGUACUCACCUUGUAGUCCUGAUUGAAGGGAAGCAAAUUUGGGACUUUGUAUGUUUGCCCCAAAAUGAUUGGUUCACCCAACAUGUUUAAUUUAUUUAACUUUUUUCUUGUGUGUAGCACAUGAAAUCAGAUUAAUUAAAGAGGCUAGAUUUUCACUGUGUUAAGCUACACACACCACAAAAUUAAAAACUGCCCAAACUUAGCAUGCUGUGUGAAUAGAACCAGUCUUUAAUUUAACUGGUUAGGUAUAUCUUGUAAAAAGCCCAUGAAUUAUUUCUGGUCUAGUUCGUGUUUGUUUCAUCAUGCUUCAAAGUAUUCUGUUAGAACUGUUUAUUUUGUUCUAUGAAUGACUGGUAAAUCAUUGUGUCAGAAGAAUAUUAACAAAUGUGCACACUUAAAUUUUUACUAUAUGAAAUGCAAAUGAUCUAAAGUUGGUUUCUCAAAUGUGUAAAUGAUCUGGAUAUAACCAUGUAUAAUACCUUAUUUGACUAGUAGAAAAUGAACGGAAUAUCGUUGACACCCAUAAAUUAGGGAGGUUAUCACUUUGUUACAAUGGGGAAAAUGCCUUGCAUUUUUAGAAUAAUUCUAAUUAUACAAUUCUACACAUAAAUUAAUACAUGCACAUUGUACAAAACUGGAACCUUAUACACACACACACACACACACACACACACGUAAAUCUUUUUAAGAUAUAUUUUCUAAUUCUUUUAUAUUCUUAUCAGGCCCAGGAAAUUAUCAGAACAAUUAUAUUAUGCAGUUCCUUCAUUAAACUCCAUAGUCUUCACUCUUGUAUAAGGCCUGCAAGAAACAUUAUGUACCAAAAUUACAUAAACUGUAAUAUGGCUGGUAUCAUUAAUGGGCUUUUUUGCUAUGCUUUUUGCUACUAUUCCUCCAGUAAUUGUCUUUUACUGUGGUGAGCAUCAGAACUGUCCUAACUCCAUCCUGUUAAAUGUUAAAUUGAUAAGAGAAAAUAUGACUCUGACAAAUCAAUUUACUUGUAGGCUACAACCUCUGUUAUGAAAUCCAUUCUAGUUAGGACAAUAUAAUCCACAAUAUAAUCCUUACAGUACAGAACAUGAAACCGAUAAAGCUAAAAUAUAUCUUCCAUAGCAUCCUCCCUGCUCACUCAAGUUAUUUUAAAAGCUUCAUCUUGUCACAAUAUUGUCUAAGAUGCGUCAGAUUGUGUAAUGUUGGCCACAAUAUAGAACCUUCUCAGCUAUGGUAUCAGUUUUAUUCAAUUUUACCCUGUGAGGAUCACUUGACCUUUAUAUUCUGCAAACAGAUGAAGAAAUGUGUGUUUUGGAUAUGAUAUUUUAGACUCUUUUUAUAAUUUAAACUGGCUAAUGGUAAAUGCUGAUUCAUGUAUUGGUCUGUAUCAUUCAGUGUUAAGUUCUUAUUUUUAAUUGCUGAAUUGGAGAUUCCGUACAUGUACAUGCGGCUAGGGACUGGGAACAAUGGCAUUCAUGAAGGAAUAUACUGGGAUGAAACAGAGUUGUGCGUUGUUCACAUUUCUACUGGUGUUAAAACUUCUAAGACCUUCAAACAAGAUUAUCCUCUUUGCUGUAAUUGCUGAGACUUUAUUGCUGGUGAAUCAGGAACCCAUGAAGUUGAAGGACAAAACUCAGUAUUGAUUGAAAUAAUCCUGCAACCAGAACAGAGUCUGAAUGAAAGUCAGAAACUACUGGAAUUUAAGGGUUUUUUUUUUUCUUUUCAGUUUGUCCUUUUAAGAAGAGAAGAAAAAAGUUAUCUCUCUCUCUCUCUCUCUCUCUCUCUCUCUCUCUCUCUCUCUCUCUCUCUCUCUCUCUCUCCCUCUCUCUCAGUUGUCACUAAGUCCUUUAUUUUCUCAGUAUUGCAUUUUCCUAAAAUAGAUGUAGACGCUGGGAAUAAUUGUAAUUUAUUUGUCUCCAUCCUUGACACUGAGAUAAUGGGAGAAAAAACAACAUUAGCUUUUUAAUUGGCCAGUCAAGCUGCUGUCACAUCAAUGGACUGUUAUCUAGGUGGCAAAAAAAAGCUUGUAGUUUUAUAUUUCGGAGAGGUUGGAACAAUUUUAUGUAUUUGUGCAACACUGUGAAUAUUACCUUCUGUGAAGGAUACAUAAUUAUCUUUUUUUUUAAUUGCCAGCCUUGCUAAUGUCUGCUUUCACUAUUUUUUCUCCUUUCUUCUGUAGUUGGGAAUACUUACAUGUUUAUCAACUGAAAGACAGAACUUGAAUAUAAAAUAUUGGACCCAUUG